CUGCGCCGUGCGCGGGGGCCGGCGCCAAUGGCGGCAGGCGGAGGGGGUGGCUGAACGGCAGCCAGUUGCCAGUCGCGCCCAUUCAUCGCCGACGCCUUCCCCGGCCCUUUUGCCACCCCCUGCCUCCCCCCCCCACCGCCGCUAUGGAGGCGCUGAUCCCCGUGAUUAACAAGCUGCAGGAUGUGUUCAACACGGUGGGGGCCGACAUCAUCCAGCUGCCACAGAUCGUGGUGGUGGGCACGCAGAGCAGUGGAAAGAGUUCUGUGUUGGAAAGUCUUGUGGGGAGGGAUCUGCUCCCACGAGGUACUGGAGUUGUCACCCGGAGACCCCUUAUUCUGCAGCUGGUGCAUGUUUCCCCAGAGGAUGGUCGGAAAACAGCUGGAGAUGAAAAUGAGAUAGAUGCUGAAGAGUGGGGUAAAUUUCUACACACCAAAAAUAAGAUCUAUACAGAUUUUGAUGAAAUUCGUCAAGAAAUAGAAAAUGAAACGGAGAGGAUUUCAGGAAAUAAUAAGGGUAUCAGUCCUGAACCUAUUCAUCUUAAGAUUUUUUCAUCUAAUGUUGUAAAUCUGACUCUUGUGGAUUUACCUGGAAUGACAAAGGUGCCUGUUGGUGAUCAGCCUAAGGACAUAGAACUUCAAAUAAGAGAGCUAAUCCUUCAAUUCAUCAGCAACCCAAAUUCAAUUAUUCUGGCAGUCACAGCUGCUAACACAGACAUGGCCACUUCAGAAGCGCUUAAAAUUGCACGGGAGGUGGAUCCAGAUGGUCGAAGGACCCUUGCUGUUAUCACAAAGCUGGAUCUCAUGGAUGCUGGCACUGAUGCUAUGGAUGUGCUCAUGGGAAGAGUGAUUCCAGUCAAACUUGGUAUCAUUGGAGUAGUGAACAGGAGUCAGUUGGAUAUUAACAAUAAGAAGAGUGUAGCUGAUUCCAUUCGUGAUGAGUAUGGCUUUCUUCAAAAGAAGUAUCCUUCCCUAGCCAAUCGAAAUGGAACCAAGUAUCUUGCUAGAACACUGAACAGACUCCUGAUGCAUCAUAUCAGGGAUUGCUUGCCAGAACUAAAAACCAGGAUCAAUGUUUUAGCUGCUCAGUACCAGUCUCUACUAAACAGCUAUGGGGAACCUGUUGAGGACAAAAGUGCCACUUUAUUACAGCUCAUUACCAAAUUUGCCACAGAGUACUGUAACACUAUUGAAGGAACGGCAAAAUACAUAGAGACUUCAGAGCUGUGUGGUGGAGCCAGAAUCUGUUACAUUUUUCAUGAGACCUUUGGAAGAACUUUAGAAUCUGUUGACCCACUGGGUGGCCUUAACACAAUUGAUAUUCUGACUGCCAUUAGAAAUGCUACUGGUCCCCGUCCUGCCUUGUUUGUUCCUGAAGUUUCAUUUGAAUUGCUGGUAAAAAGGCAAAUCAAACGUUUAGAAGAACCUAGCUUGCGCUGUGUGGAGCUGGUUCAUGAAGAAAUGCAGAGGAUUAUCCAGCAUUGUAGUAAUUACAGUACACAGGAAUUAUUGAGGUUUCCCAAAUUGCACGAUGCCAUAGUUGAAGUAGUAACCUGUCUUCUGCGUAGAAGACUUCCUGUCACAAAUGAAAUGGUUCAUAAUCUAGUGGCCAUUGAAUUAGCUUAUAUCAACACCAAGCAUCCGGAUUUUGCUGAUGCCUGUGGUCUAAUGAAUAACAACAUAGAGGAACAAAGACGUAACAGGUUAGCCCGGGAGUUGCCUUCUGCUGUGCCACGAGACAAGUCUACUAAAGCUCCAGGUGCAUUGCCACCUGCUUCCCAGGAGACUGUUACUGCUGCUUCUGCUGAGGCUGAUGGCAAGGCUGCUCCUGGAGUGGGAGAUGCAUCUCAGGAGCCUGGAACAGGCAGCUGGAGAGGAAUGCUGAAACCCUCAAAAGCAGAAGAGGUAUCGGCAGAGGAAAAAUCUGUCAAGCCAGCUGCAGCCCUACCUGCUAGUCCUCAAAAAGGACAUGCUGUCAACCUAUUAGAUGUGCCUGUACCCGUUGCACGAAAACUUUCUGCCCGUGAACAACGAGAUUGUGAAGUGAUUGAACGACUUAUUAAAUCUUACUUCCUUAUUGUCAGGAAGAAUAUUCAGGACAGUGUGCCAAAGGCAGUGAUGCAUUUUCUGGUGAACCACGUGAAGGACACUCUUCAGAGUGAGCUGGUAGGCCAGCUGUAUAAAUCCUUGUUGUUGGAUGACCUUCUGACAGAAUCUGAGGACAUGGCACAGCGCAGAAAAGAGGCAGCUGACAUGCUAAAGGCCCUGCAGCGAGCCAGCCAGAUCAUUGCAGAGAUUCGUGAGACACAUCUUUGGUGAAGAUUGUACCAGACACACUAUUUAUAUGCAUUGGAGGUUACAUUGACUUGAAAAUUGCUAGGCAUGGUAUACGGAGUAGAAUUUUUAUUUAUGAACUCUUAUCUGUGUACUGCAACUGUGUAAAUCUGCUCAUGUAAAGACAGUUGGUUUGAUUUGCAAACAGAAAAAAUAUGCUGUAUUUUGCAAAAUAAGUCGUAUUUAAUCCACAUAAUAAAUGGCUCUAAAUGUAUCCUUACCAGCUUUCUGGUGCGAAAUAAAGCAGACCAAGUCUACUGUCUCAGUGACAGUCUCAUUUGAACUUGGGGGAAAAAAAACCCCCAGACAUUAAAGUUCCAGUGCCUGACUUGCUAAACAGGUUGCCUGUGGAUAAGACGGACGGCGUAGUCUUGUGGCAUAGUUUUAAGCUGCUUUCACAAUAGAAGUUUAAAUACUGUGAAGAGAAGAGAGCACCAAGUAUUUUCUUUCCUGAAUAUAUUGCAUGCACUAUGACAGAUGGAGGUAUCAAUUUUAUAGCACAGUAGAGAUGUCUACCGUAUUUACUAUGUAUGUGUGGCCCCAAUUUUUUUUUUCCUCCCAAGUGUUAGAACUGCAAACAAGACUUUGAACUUCAUUAUAAUGGAGUAUCAUGUAGGAAGAAUUAGCCUGGAGCUUGUGAACAGCCUACUAAAAAGUGGGUGCAAAGUUAUUCAUGUGCACUGGAGCUUGUGUAUGAAUGUUGGGGAUUAGAAUCAGGUACAAGUACCACCUUCCCCUUCCUCUCCCUUGGGACCAAUGCCCUGGACCAUCUGAUAAUAAAUUUGUUCUGGCAGAAUUGAAAAAUAAAAACGGAUUUCAAAACUGUUAUGAGAUAAUAAGUGUUUCUUUUUAAACACAGUUGAAGUUGGCCAGGGAGAAGGGGAUCCCCACAACUUCGUCCAAAUUUUGGAAUGUAUGACGGUAUGAAAGAAAGUCUGUGGGAUUGGAGUUAUUUAUACCAGAGAUUACAUUUAUUUGAGGAAGUUUCACUGUGCUGUAAGUAGCUUGUUUGUGAGGUUUUGUUUUUGGAUUUUUUUUUUGAGGACAAUCCUAAAAUUAGGGAUUGUAGGUUGGAAAUGGAGUUAUUCUGAUUAUAAUGCAUACAGAUAAAUACUGAUCACAGUAGCCUUUAAAAAGAAAACUUUUUUUAAAUACAAAUUUAUUUAAACUUCUGCCAGCACACUUGCAUGUACUUUUCAAGCAGAUUCACUUUUUUUUGUAUUAAGUAAAAAUGUUUACUAUGGUGUUGCUCAUAUUUUGUAUCUUUAACACAACUUGCAUGAAAAGUAGGGCGCCGCUGCUUAACAUCCGUGGCUUGCUUUUACGAUAUUGGGCCAAGAUAGUGAAGUUGUUAUUACCAUAUUCAGUUCUUCCCCCUUUUAUCGGUUAACAGAAACGGCAAUCUUUUUGUACGCUGCUAAAGAUAGACAAUUUAAAACCUUUUAAGACCUCAGUUUACAAGAAAGUCUGUUUAAAAAUGUACUUUUCUUACAGUAAUCUUUAGUUUGGCACCAACAUAAGCACAAGUAGUUCAGUCUCACAGAUGCAACUUUUGGAUACUUUUAUGUGUAAUCUGAAAUAACUCAUGCAGAACACAAAUACAUUCGGUAGCUUUAAACAGCCUAAAACGUCACCAUGUAUAUGUAAUGAAUGCAAAGGAAGUAAUUUUAACUUGUUGCAUUGUAUCCAGGGAUGGUAGUACUCAUGAGAUUAAAGAAAUGUGACUGUAGUAAAGUUGAAGCGCAAGCCAGUUUUCAAAUCAGUUUUUGAGAAUAGUGAAAGCUUUUUAGUAGUUUUGUCAAAGCCAUUACAUUUUUGGUUGGAAUUCACUUCGUACCUCUAACCUUUUCAACAUCUCAGUAGCGUUGUUUUCCAUGAGGUUCCAUAAGUGAACGGCUUCCUAAGCAUUAACUCCCAAAGUUCAGUCAGUCUCUUGUGAAGAAGUAUUCUGACUUGUAAAGUUUUGAAACGCUGCAUAAAGUAAAUGAAUUCCAUUUAUUUGAGAAAUUCCUGCAAGUGAUAACUGGCUUUGUAGUGUCACGUGAAGUUUCCCUAGUGCUAAUUUGGGGUUGAGAUGUUAGGACUUUUUUGUUUCACAAAAAUUUUCAAUUUGGUAAUGUUUGAGUGCCAAGAAAUGAACUUCAUUUGUAAUCCUUAAUGCAAGCCUUUAAAAAUCCAUGCUGUAACAACCCUGUUAUUAAAUAAACAGAUAAUAUGCACAAUUAUUUAUCACAGAAUUCAAGUUUUGAACUGACUUGUAGUUCAGGUGGGAGGAUGUACAUGUUCUUAUGAGUUAAUAGUAUGAGUAUCUGUAUUUGUACAGCCUUACAUAUCUUUGCAGUUGCCCUUAUGCAGUUCUACACUGUUAGUUCUUGUAUAGUUGCAUAAGUAACAGUAUAGACAGCCUGCUGCUACUGGCAAUGUUUUUUUUUAUGCCUGGAAUUGAACUAAAAUAUUUCAAAUGCUACUGUUGCUGCCACUGUUAAAUGAAAUUAUGGUGGAACUGUGAGUGGAAAAAAGGUCUAAUGAAGGCAGCAACUGAAAAAUUCUCAGAUUAGAUGGAUGGCUUACAAAUGUCUUCUAGUUCACUUAAACUAGAAAUACCUUUGUCAUUAAUGCACAAGUUUCCUAACCUGCUAUCCAGUGAAAACACACAAUCAGGGGAGAGAAUAACCACUGUAGCUAAGUUUAUAUUAGUAGAUGUUUGACAUUAAUACCUGACUUAUGUAUGGUACUGGUGUAAAUAAAACAUAGUAUCUCUAUGUGAACAGAGCUUGCUAAUGAAUAGGGGUUUUGUAGUAGUCAGUUUCAAAUUUCAUUUGGUGGAACAGAUGGGCAAGGAGGGUCUUUGUAUGCUUCAAACUAUAUUUUGAAGUAAACAUAACAAAACUUAUUUAAA